AUUUUAAUAUAAUUUUCUUAGCAUAAGACAACAUAAAUAACCUCUCCUGACUCCACUCUCCUACUCUCUUUAUAACACUACAGAAACAGAGAGAGAUUCAUCUUUUUUUUCUCUUUCUCUUCUUCUUCUUUCAAAUAAUGGCAAUUUCAGGAUCAGAGUCACAGUCACAAACUCAAACUUCAACUACUACUGUUAUAAAAACCGUUAAUCACGUUGAAGUUGAGUGUGUGAAAUGCGACUCAUGCGGUUUCACAGAAGAAUGCACACCAGCAUACAUCUCCAAAGUUCGUCAGAGAUAUCAAGGUAGAUGGCUCUGUGGACUCUGCGUUGAAGCUGUCAAAGACGAAGUUGUUAGAUCAGAGAGGCUUAUCACCAUUGAAGAAGCACUCAAUAGACAUAUCAGUUUCUGUAAAGAGUUCAGAUCGUCGUCUACUAAAACUGAACAUCCUAUCUUUGUUAUGAGCAGAAUUCUUCGCCGGAGUUUGGAUUCUCCUCGACGGCCGCCUCCUCUUCGGUCGAAUUCUACUGGAGUUCUUCCGCCUGUUGAUGGUGUUCGGUCUUCGUCACUGAUUCGAUCGGAGAGUUGCUUUUCGUCGAUAUCUGGUUAAUUUAAUUAGCCUUUUUCUUUUCUUUUCUAGUUUAGACUUUUUUGCAGUUGGAGAUAAAGCUUGGAAUAAUUGACAACUGAAACAUGUGUUUUUUCUCUCACUGUGACUAAUGUUAAAAUUACAUAUAUUGUUAUAACAAAAGGUCUCUAACAUUGAAAUUUGUGUUUUAAUUGAUUCAUGAAUCAUGAUGGAUCUGUAAUCUAGGAAAUUUCAUGAGACCAAUUUGAUACUGUUAGAUUUUUUGUUUUGUUUUGUUUUAUGAUCUUCAAUGUAAAUAGAGAAAAUCUUGUAGACUUUUUCUUAUCAAAUUCUCAAUUUAGUUUUUCAA